CACCUUCUCUAUAUAUACUAUACGUAUACCUACGAAAUUUCAUACUCCUGCGUCCGCGCAAUUUUUGUAAAAAGCAGUACAUAAUUUUUGCUUCACGUUAAUAUAUAGACGUACUUAUUAUUUUGUACACUUAUACAUUGUACUUAUAGGUAUACGAUAAGAAUAUUAUAUAAACCAGUUAUUUACAUGAGGUCACAGUCACACUAAUUAUAGACACAACGCAGCCGACAUUUCAUUCGCCAUUUGUUUUAUACUAGAACAUGCACAAUGCAUGAACCGCUGCAAUAUUAUCCAGUUGAAAAAUGGGAACAAGUUCAGAUUGCCUUGAAAACAGAUACACCUCGCAGUUUGCCUGGAUAUACAGCUCUGGACCAUCAGAGAGAUUGGCUGCAUUUGAAUAUUAACCAUAGAUUUAUGGUAUACUGUCCAUAUGCUGAUGCUUUAAACGGAAUGGUAGCUAUCAACGAAAAGAAUACCGCAUACGAAAUCAUAAUUCAGUGUCCUAUAGACGAUACGGAUAGACUUAAAAAAGCAUUAAGAAAUACAAAAAUUAUAAAUUGGGACAGACGUGUGACUAUACCUUUCGCGUCACGACAUAUUUUUGAAUGUGUCAAAGAGGUCGUAAAAGAUUUUGAUGUAGAGAUAUAUCAAACAAUUCCAUCAGUACUUUUCUGUUUAGAUAAACAUACACCGCCCUAUCAAGAUAUCGACUUACCCUCUGGCAUUACACUUGACUUCCUAAAUCAAGAACAUGUACAGCUUAUUGACUCCUGCUGGCCUCAUCGAUACCCAGGCUCCACCUGGUAUUUCGAACUACUGAUCAGAGCUAAAGCUGGUUAUGGUCUUUUUGAAAAUGGACAAUUACUCUCGUGGAUGUUUAUCAACGAAACUGGUGCUAUCACCCACGUAUACACUGUAGAACAAUAUAGAAAAAGAGGACUGGCGGAAACACUGCUGAAAUUGGUCUGCAACAUGCGAUUACAGGAAAAUAAAAAUGUAGUAGUAUUCAGUGUUGCCGCUAAUAUUAUCGCGCGGAAAUUAUACACCAAAAUGGGAUUUGAACUAUACGACGACUUAUGUUGGUGUUUCUUGAGAAAGAAAAUUUAAAAUGCCUAUUAAAUAAUAAAUAUUUUUAUGCUCUUUUUUUAAUUCUGACACAUGUUUAUAGAUAAAAGUGCCCCGACCUCAAUAAGUAUUUAAAACCUAUAGAAAAACAAUCCUGACUUCUAACUUUGUAAUUCAUUAGGUAUACCUAAUUUUAAUUCGAAAAUUCUAUUCUUCAUAAGGUAAAAGAAGCGUAUAAAAAACUGUUUUCAGAUCUAGAGUUUAUUGCCCAACUAAACAACACACAGUAACACAGAACAUAUAAACUACAUUAAUAUGUAUAUUAACGUAGUUCAUAUUA